CAUUGAAACUACUAUGCACUUUCGCUCGGUAUUUUAUGCAAAUUCGGUACGCUGCUGUUAAAUUUAUUAGCGAAGAGAAAAAGAAUGAAAACGUAGUGAACAGAACACGAUUAUGCUUUCGAAUCUUUCGAAUUAUCAGCUAUUAAAAAAAGAUGAGAAAAGUGCAAGCUGUCAGGUAUUUUUAUAUUCCAUUCACGUAGUAAAAGUAAGUUUGCGACGAUGGUCGAACGGGUUAUCUUUUGCAUUGAUUACACCGGUACAGCCAGUUCAUAACACCCUUUGGUGAGGGGUUAUCGAUACACUUGCACUUUCUUCUUCUACCGGUAUUUACCCGGUUGCUCGCCUUAUAAAAGGAGGAUGCUGGUCCGUACAGCUACCAGUCUGUCUUCAAGGGGUUACAUGAUGAAUACCCUAAUCGUGCUAUUGGGAAUUAUAGCGGCGGCUGUCGCCGUGCCAGCCCAGUUUCCUCGUGGAAAAGCGGUGGUGUACAAGUACAAUGCCGACAUGAAGGCGGGUGCCUUGCACCCGGCUGAUUCCGCGUCCCAAUUCGGCAUCGAGUGUCGUCUUACAGUGAAGCACAGCAAUGAUCCAACCCUGAAGAACGCUUACCUCGUCGCCAUGACCGAUGUGAAGCAUGGUCUGUACAAUGGACGUGUGAUGCACUUCGACACUGUCAGCAGUGUUUCACCCAUUCCGGAUGCUGCUAAAGAUAUCCAGAAUCCUUUCAUGAUCGUCUAUGACGAAAACGCACGUCUGCAAGGUAUAAAAGUGAAGGACAACGAGAGCACAUGGUCGGUGAACAUCAAAAAGGCCAUUGCAUCCGCGAUGCAGUUGGAUCUGGUCAACAUCCAAAUGACCAGCCCGAUGGUGCCGCACAGUUUCAUCAGUAAGGAGAACACCAUCCAUGGCAGCUGUCAGGUAGCUUACAGCGUGAGUCCGAAAUACGAUGAGGAUACAGCGCAAAAUGUCUUCAUGGUCACGAAGAUGCACGAGCCGGAGAACUGCACGAAUUUCGUUCAUCUUAAGCAUAGCCAUGACGAGACGGAGAAAUGCCAUUUACCAGAGGAGAGUGGCACGACCAGUGUCAGCAAACGAAACUUCGAAAUCGAGAACCAAGGCAACGCGAUCCUCAUUAAAAAAUUAAUUGCUCAUGGAAGCAUUCAGUACAUACCGUUCCAGUCCCACUCCGAGGGUCAUUUCAUUAUGUCAAAUCAAACGUUCAUCCUUGAGGAUGUUGUUCCGGAGAGCAACGUUCAGUUACUGUCAGACAAUUUAAACGAAGCUUCAAUUAUUCAUAAUUUCACCUACUCUGAACCCAAGUCAGAGUACGUCCCAGGAGCUGACACAGAUGUAACUCACGGUAGACACGUCGUGAACCCGGACCAAAUUGUUCCCAAAGUCAAAAAGAUGUUGGACGAAGCUGCCGAUUAUUUAAAAGAGAAUCAGAUUAAAGAGAAACCCGCAGACUGGAAAUACGGUCAAACAAUCAACAGGAUCUUGCAUCUGAUGAGAUUCUUAAACGUGCAGUCCUUUGAGCAAAUAUUCAGUGAAUUUCAGGAUGCCACCGGUAGCAAACAAACCACGAUGAAAAACAUUUUCCUGGGAGCAGUGCCGAACGUAGGAACCACAGCUUCCUGCUACUUCGUGCGAAACGUAAUCCGUAGGAACAUGAUCUCAGCCCAAAAAGCCAUCGCGAUGCUGGCUGUUCUUCCAAUGCACGUGAAGCAUCCUUCCCAAGAUCUGCUUUUGCAGAUGGAACCUCUCCUCCGUCUUUCAGACUCCCUUGAAGUUAAAAAGGCUGGCAUAUUAUGCUUUGCUACCUUGAUACACAAGACCUUCAAGCACGAAGAGGGCGAAGUGAAGCAUCCACUUGUGAACAAAUGGUUGGAUGAUUUCAUGGAUCAUAUCGAAGAUGAGCAAUCGCAGGAGAUGAAGACGGUGUACAUGAUGGCGAUGAAGAACGUCUGUCUAAAGGAUAUCUUGAAACGUUUGGAACCGAUCGUGAAAGGCGAGGUCCAAAUCGGUCAGGGUUAUCAAAUUCGUCUGCAAGCCAUUUUCGCUGUCAAGAAAGUGAUCACCUAUCUUCCGGAACGCGCUCACAAUUUACUCUGGCCGGUCCUUGCCAAUGUCAAACUUCCGGUUGAGCUCAGAAUCGUUGCCUACGACGUGUUGAUGCAUCAUUUCCCUUACACCGCGCGUUUCAUGAACAUGUACUGGUUCAUGGUGCACGAGAAGAACGAACACCUGUACAACUACCAUAUGAGCACCAUCAAGGGAAUCGCCGAAUCGGUGGACCCUUGUCUGAUGCCAGUUCGUGAAAUGGCUAAGAAAAUGUUAAAAUUCACAAGAACGAGGCACGUGCCUGGUCCACUGUCCACCAAACUCCAUUUCGAUUAUGUAGAUGAGAAAUUCGGGUAUGGCGAAGCUUGGAAGACCUCUUUGAUUCUCAACACAAUGACAGGACUUCCGGAAAUCGGUUCGUUCGAGCAGUUCUCGAUUUUUGGUCGCAAACCUACUAACAAAUGGGGAAUCCACUGGCACGUCGGAGGCUUAUCCGAAAUCAUAAGAGAAAUAAAGAAAGAUGUGCUCGGACAAGCUGUAGACGUAAUUACCAACGAAAACGUGAAGAAAAUGUUGUCCGAGGCAGCCACUACUGUACCUGUUAACAAUAACAUCGACAUAUGCAUGCUCUUAACAUUGAACAACAACGUUGUUACAACCUUCCAUGCCGACAAGGCGGACUGGAAGAAGAUGCUGGACGCAUUGAAAGACUGGAAGAGUCUGGUCAACAAGCAUCUGGAUAACUUCAAUUGGGAGCAGGUUACUUACGACACUCAUUUCGAGAUGCACGUACCCACCGAUCUCGGAAUGCCAACUGUUUUGUUCACGAAAAUGCCCUGGGUCGAUUCCCUAAAGGUCCACGCUGUUUUAUCGGAACAAUCGAGCGCUGUCAACUUGAAAUUGCAAAUGAAAUACACAGCCUGGAAGCACGGUGAACACGCUAUGUCCCUCUACAACCCCAUCGCCGAUGUUUGGCACUCUGUUCGUAAAACAGCGGCCCUCGAUUUUGUUCUACCGAUUGACAUGAGCGUUUCUUACUACCCAGAAACGAACAGCGUGAAAGUAACACUGCCAAGAUUGCCCACCACAGAAUUCUCUAUCGCUGGAAUGUUGACUUCAGCGAAGAGCUUCGUGACAGUCACCGAUGACGAGACAAACGCUCUGGUGAAUAGUUGUCCCAAGUGCCAACAAUACGAAGUCAUUACCAACAAUGUCGACAAGAAAACGUACAAGAACAUUAUGGAUUCCCAGGACACUGGUCUUCAGUGCACCAUGGUGGUAUACCAUUGCGAGAACAACCUCACUCCUGUUCCACCCAUCAGCGAAUGGCAAGAAGUAUUCUGGAACAAGAAUACCAUGAAUAUGAAGGUGCAAACGAUGAUGAUGCAAAUGAUGAUGGCAACCCGUCAGGUGAUGACAAACAAUAUGAUCAACUCACAGGAUGCAACCUGCUCGAAUCUGAUUAAAGUUGAGCCAAGUAUCGUCUAUCCUACUUCAGCUGUUGAUUUAACUGGCAAAAUUAGCGUUCAGAAUUUCGAGACUGAUAAGAUGCACGUUGUAAAUAGCCAGAGAAUCGACGUUCGUGGAACCAUGGACGCUAAACCAGCCAGUAACAACGAACGAAUACGAUGGGACGCGAAUCUUAAUAUAAGAAUGAAUCAAGGACACGUGAACAACACUAUGAAAGCUGUAAUCACUCGCAGCGGACGACCAGACAAGACUGCUCUCAAGAUAUGCAUCGAUGGACAAACGGAUUAUCCAGUCAUCGAAUCAGACAUAUUAAAAAUUGAUAGUUUCAAGAAGGAAGUUUAUACGAAGGUGAAGCUCAGCAUGGGACAAACGAAAGACGACAAAUGCGUGCACGAUGAUAUGGACCUUAUGAUAUUUGUGAAAGGUGAACUGUCCGAAGAGCAGAGGAAACAAAUGCAAAAUGAUAAACUAAAUGGUAGCUGCGUGAAACAUAUCACUAAUCCGUUAUUAAAUCCUGAGGGUACAUAUGUUCCUAAGACUUGGGAAUGCGUACACGAAGCCAUAAUGCAUUCUACUUUAAGGAAAUAUCUGGUAGAAAUAACAUCCAAGAAGGCACAACUACCAGCCAUAUUACAUUUGCUUCACGACAUGCACAGUAUCGUUUCCUUGCACCAAUUGGAUUCUAGAAACUUGAACUUUGUCUUAGAAUUUCCAGUCCUGUCAGAUUCCCUCAAUGUAGCAUUGAUCACACCCGAUCAAGAACAACGCCAUUUAACCCAAUUACCAUGGGGUCAUCCAGUCUGGAACGGGUUGAUGGUUAACACCCAUUUCUCUACUCCAGCUUUGUACAAAUACCUCAACAAUCAAAUCAAGAUGUGCACCAUCCUACCGAAAGUCCUCCUUACCUUUGAUAAUGGCACGAUUUUAUCCGAUGCAUCUGACACGUGGACACUGUUGGUCGGUAAUCACAUAGAAAAGAGUUUCGCUGUUACCACAAAAUUGGUGAGGAAUUCUAAGAUGGACGUGAAGAUCUUCGUUGGUGAACACGAAAUGGAAAUCGCUAAUACUGAUUCGGGAAUAGUGGUCACUGUAGAUCAAAAAGUCGUGGAUCAGGAGAGAGGUGUAAUGGUACCAGAGAAUCAACCAGAAUCGUUCGCAAUGAAGUUGACGAACAAUUACAAACACCUGAUAGUUCAAUCGCAACGUGUACCACUGAUGGUUGCGCAUACACCAACCAGCGUAACAGUUUUUCUUGGUACCUAUCUUCAGGGUCAAAUUGUCGGUCGGUGCGGUUCCAUGAAUGGCACAUAUCAUUCCGUGCUUCCACCGCUACACACAGCUGCGCAGCUAUAAACGAAUCAGCGUUAAAUCAUUCGAUUAGACUCUUCAUCUUAGAAAGCAUAUCUGGCGGAAGUUAACUGCAGUCUGCAGGUGUUUAUUACUAUUAUCAAAUAAGAGAACUUUUUUCUUAGGUUUAUGUAUGUACAAUGAUGGUGUAAAGAAAUGAAGUAAAGAAAGAUAGAUUUAUUUUCAGUAAUCUUUGAUUAUAUUAAAUACCGUACCUCUAUCUGUACCUCUAGUUGAUAAUUAUAAAUCUUUUAAUGUUUUUUAUACAAUCAGGUGGGGUUUUAAAUAUAUUUGAGGUUCUUAAAAAAUAAAAUUAGAAUGUUUUUUAUACUAUUAAAUGGAAUUUUAAAUAAAUUUAGGAUAUUUAAAAAAUAAACUUUGUUACUCGACUUUUGACUGUUCGAGAGAAUGCGACUCACGUACGCCUCCGUGGCGCAAUGGGCUAGCGCGUUCGGCUGUUAACCGAAAGGUUGGUGGUUCGAGCCCACCCGGGGGCGUUUAAUUUUUUUUCUUUUUAAU